AAGUAAUGAAAUUUUUACAGUUAAUUACAUUUCUUUUUUUUUUUACUGCAACAAGGAUAAGUUUCUGUUUGUAACGCGGAAAAUUGUAUUACAGGAAAGUGUGUAAACAUUUUCAAUGGAAAAAAUUAAUAAUUAAUCUGUUAGUGAUUGUUAUAUAUAUCAAUAAUGUAGUAAAGAAGGCAUAGAAGAAGAGAGAAUCGCUCCAAGCGUCAUCUUCCCUUAUUACGGCGCUGUCGCGUACAUAGUACAUUGACCCUUAGCAUAGGGUCAACUACCGUUUAGGGGAAGACUGCAAACCAGUUUGGCCUGAUUUUGGGAGUUCUUACCCUCACCCUUGUUCUUUUCCUUUUUAACCUUCUCUCGGUUCUUUAUCAUUUUUCCUUUAUUUUUUCUUUCUUUUCAGUGUUCCUUCGUCACUUUGAAGAGUUACUAGGUUACAAAAAUGCACGAAAAACUGCGUUCGUUUGAGCGGGCUUCACAGGAAUAGGUUCUACAGGAAUCUAUUAGAAAAACGACCUUCUUUCAUUCCAGCCAUCGUCUUCGGGUGGACAUCUUCGCCGUUUCUCCGUCUUCUCUCGUAUGAUGAUACUGAAAUUACUGUACAAGGUCUCAUACAGCACCAAUCAUCCCUUGGAUAUCAUCAUGUCUACCUCUCAGCAAUACUGCCUUCGAUGGAACAAUCAUCGCUCGAACAUGCUGACCGUCUUCGGCGAGUUGCUGCACAACGCGGCGUUCACCGACGUCACCCUCGCCGUUGACUGCGGCGAGGCGAUUGAGUGUCAUAAAAUCGUGCUGGCCGCGUGCUCCACGUACUUCCAACACCUAUUUCACAACGUGCCGAAUCAACAUCCGAUUGUCAUCCUCAAGGAUGUGAAGUAUUCGGAGAUAAAGGCGAUACUGGAGUACAUGUAUCGCGGGGAGGUGAACGUGGCGCAGGACCAACUACCCGGGCUGCUGAAGGUCGCGCAGAUGCUGAAGGUGAAGGGCUUGGUAGAGGAACACGGCGGCCGUAUGACGCGCGACGUUUACCGCGAUGAUGCAAGAGAGAUGUCGACGUCGCCGCCGCCGGCUAUCAGCACCAGCACCGGUGGUGGUGGUGGCAGCGGCGGCAGCCACCCGUCACCGCCGCACUCUACCUGCGACUACUCGUCCCUCUACGGGAAAUCUUCGCUCGACCGUCCAAGUCAUCUUAUCCCGGGGACGUUACCGAUAACGUGGUCAUCGCUAAUGCAUGCCGGUAUAGGUCAUCAGCUUCCGACAUCGCUCUCCUCCUCCACCACCAACGCGGUCGCCCUUUUCGCCAGCGGUGGUGGCAGCGGCGGCGGUGGCGGCGGCGGCGGCGGUGCAUCCUAUGACAACGGUAUCGAGACCUCGCCGCACAAGUUACGCCGCAAGCUGAUGCAGCCGUCGCCUCUACUGAUGAACAACGACACGCCGAUACUGCGCACGGUGCUCGGCCAGGCUCACGUCGACAGCUCGCAGUCCAUGCAGCCGCUGCUACAGCCGGACAGCCACGAGGUGCACGAGGGCGGUCACUACCACCGCAACGCGAGUAGCAACGGAUCCGCGAAUGACACCGACACCGUCGGCAGUCGUCGGUCUGGCAACGACCUGGCCCACAGCGAAACUUCCGUUCACGCUUCCGACGUGCCCUACGUGGACGAGGACGAGAGGCAGACCUCGCCGCAAUCAUACGGGGACACUUUCCGGAAUUCAGACUCUGUCCAGCCGAAACCCGAGUGGAAACGGUACAAGCAGUACACCCGGGACGACAUCACCGGGGCGAUCAACGCUGUGAGGGGCGGGAUGAGCGCCGUUGCGGCAGCGCGAAAGUACGGGGUGCCAUCGCGCACGCUUUACGAUAAGGUGAAGAAACUCGGCAUCCCGACGUCGCGGCCAUUCAAGCGAUCGACGAGCAGCAACGGGGGCAGCGGCGCUUGCUUCCCGUACGGCAUCGGCGCCAACGUGAACGGCGCCCUUUACGACAACAGCGGUGGCGGCGGCGGCAGUAGCGCGAGCGCUUUGCCCGAGAGCGAGAACGACGGCAACGCCAACAUCGAGGGUCUGGCCGGCACGAGUGCCACCGCGUCUUUCGAAGCCUUCGCCAAGGGGAAUACGAAGGACACGCAGGAUCGCGACGCGAUGUCAGACUCGUUGACCCGCCGCAGCAGCUUGAGCCCGGUGAUACGUUGCGCUAAGCCGAAACACCAGCAGCUCCAACAGCCGCAGGAUGAUGAGGUAGAGGAUCUAUCGAUCUACAUUUACUACCUGCUAUGCAUAGCAGCGGUGAAUUUGACGUAUACCUCCGACUUGGAGAUUACUACAACGAGAAACCGGGACUGUCCACCAGAAUGCAUUUGCCUUUCUCCGAAACAGGUACUCUGCAAUACAGGUGGCCUCGAGGACAUCCCGGCGCAGCAGCUGCCGGAGAGCGUGGAGGAGCUGUCCCUGACAAAGAACAACUUCCCGGUGAUAAAGGGUGACGCGUUCGCCGGCCUCCGGUUCCUGCGUAAGCUCACCCUGGACGGCAACAACAUCUCCACCAUACGGCCGUUUGCGUUUCGCGGACUGAACCGAUUGCGCGAACUGUCAAUCCAGCACACGCCGCUGCCGUGCAUCGAGAAGUUCUCGUUCGCCGCGUUGCAGAACAUCUCGGUGCUACUGCUGGCGAACAACAAGAUCCGCUACGUCGAGGGCUACUCAUUCGCCGGCACGUCGAACGUGAACGUGAUCCUGCUGAGCAACAAUCCGCUGUUGACGAUCCACAGCCACGCGUUCGCCGGCCUGACCAACGUUAACAAUCUCAUCUUCCCGUCCGGCAUCCGUACGAUCGAGCAGGAGGCCUUCGACGGUCUCCAGCACGUUGGCCAACUCAAGCUCAGCUACAUGGACCUAUCCGGGCUGCAGGCCUACACCUUCCGCGGCCUGUCGCAUGUGCACUCAAUCUACAUCCAGGAGAGCGACCUCGGCGUGGUGCAGAGAAAUGCGUUCGCCGGCCUAACUUAUGUCAGUCGCCUCAACGUGCUCAACAACAAGGUCGACCUGAUCGAGCGUCUACACCUGCGCCAUGAAAACUACAUCGAGAUCCUACGCUUCCACGGGAAUCACGUGCUGGAGGCGCCGCGCCACGCCAGAGACGUAGUCCUCGAGGUGGACACGGUCAGCGCGGUCGACAAUCACUUCCCGUGCGACUGCCAGGCGCACAACGUCCUCGAGAGCGACUUCGCCCGCGGCAACAGCGUCGAGUUCCAACGCCGCAACUACUGCAUCUCGCCGUUCGAGUACAACGGCAAGCCGAUGAACGUCGUCGACUUCGACCUGGUCGCGCGAUGCCACGACAACGUGAUCCAGGACAACCUGGGCUCAGGCGUCGUCGGGGUGUCCCGUCUCUCGGCGCUGCUGCUGAUCGUCUUUCUGUUCGCCUCGACGAACUUCUUCCGAUGAGCUUGCUACGGCAAGUUUCCUCGACGAUUGUUCCGCGUUCGAAUGCUCGAGGCGACGAUAAACGAUCGGUAUAUUUAUGUGCGCGCUUGUGUGCUACUGCUGUACGGCUUGUGUGCCGAGAGGUCUUUCCCGUCUUCGUCCUCCUCGUGCAGCGGAGUCUUCGCAAUCCGGUAAAGAUGAGAAGCGAGAGGACAUCUCGUACCAGUUACAUUAGGUAUAUCGCAUAGCAUCACUGUAGAGUUUCGGCAUUGAUCUUCUAUGACUUGACACGAGAGGAGCUCAUAUUAGAAAAAAAAAAGAGAAGAGUGGUCUCGCGAUUCGAAAUAAUCUGCAAACAUUUUAGCAAAGAUCUACGAAGUUAUAAUUAGUAAACGAAAUUUAGAUUUGCGGUGCCAAGAUGUAAAUUUAAUUCAUCAAAACAAUAGACUAAAUAGAAAUCUAAUUUUAAUGUCUGACACUAGAUUGCUUCAAUGUUGCAAAAACAUAAUCUAGUCCUAAAAUUUUUUUUCUGUCGUUUUUUGACUUCUCGAAAGACAUUUCUGAUUCUUCUUCUAUUCUUUUCUUCAAAUUAACUAUCAUAUAUUUCACUGCAAACUGAUCUCGUAAAGGACAAAUUUAUUAGCCUCGUUUUUUAAUUCAGUUUCGACAAGUGGAAUCAAUAUUUUGUCGCAGAAAAAACUCACUCAGAGAAGAUUAAAUGAGAGCUUUUUAUAGAUGUUGUACAUUGUUGUACAAUGUGAUAUUUUCCGUUGUUAACCGAAAAGAAUAUACAGCAUUGAAGGGAUAUGAAUGCAGAGUAUACUAAAAACUAAAAAAAAUAGCAAUAAAGAAGCUCCUGUCCCUAUAACAUUUAUCCGCAUUAUUAUUCUCGAUAAUAUCGGAUCGAGAUGUAUGAACGUUCGCGCAACAUAACGAGAGAUUCAUUUGCGCGAGAAACGAUUGUUAUUGUCGUAUGAACGGGAAAAAAAACGCGGCUAAUCAUUGAAUGCCAAAUGGAUACAUAUCCUCUCGCACAUGAAAGUGAAUAAAUAAGUGAUCUCACAUAUCGAGAAGAUCGUUUAUCUAGCGUCGAAAAUAUUUCUUUGUUCUUGGUAGAAUAUUUAAAACGCGAUCGAGGAGCGUAUAAUUCUAUUAUAUCUAUUUAUCCGAAAAUGUUACGGUAAUUAUUAUAGUAUAGAGAUGUGCGAACUAUUCGAAUACGAGUUGAAUUGAAUUAAAUUAGGUAACAUUCGAUUCGGAUUUUAACCUCUAUGAUUCAAAUUCGAACUGUUCGAAAAUUUCGAAUCUAAAAAGUUCAAAUACAAAUCAUAUACGAGUAUAUUGACAAUUUUAAAAAAUUAUGUGUAAAAUAACUUUACAUAAUCAAUAUUAUUUUUGUUACACAAUAUCAAAAUCUUUCGUCAUUUAUAUAUUAAUAUUCAAUACUAAUUAUGUUAAUUGAAAGUUAUAUAUAUAUCACUAAUUUAAUUCGAUUCGGCAUUAAACAAAUUCUUUGCAUAUCUCUAUUACGGUCUCAUAUUAUAUCUCACGUUAUUUAUCAUAUAAAAAAGAAUUUAUCUGUUGUUUAUACCAUUUUUUAUUGUUGCAUAUAAUUGUUAAUGCGAUAAGUUACUGGAUGCAAACUUUCUUUUUUAUCCUCUUAUUCUUUGCAUUUGACGGUGAUCUCACAGCAGCAAAUACUUAUUUUUUUAAUUAAAACUCAGAAAUAUAUAACAAUAAUACGGGCCUAUGCACAGUCCUUUCGAUUUUUUUUUUUUGUAAUGAAUCAAGACAACAAAUUCCGCGAAUACACGAUUGUCGAUCGCGGGUAGUUAUGAGAGAUAGAACGUUAUGCGAGCUUUAACUGGCCGGCAUACUGGACCAGCACUAUUGCACUUACUCGAGGCUUCGAAUUUUGCGUGGACGCGUCGUGUAGAGUACGUUUGUUUUUUUAGGAAAAAACUGAAAUAAAAUAUAGGGAAAAGCCAAAAUGAAAUUUUAUCCGCUAAGCAAAGGGCCACCGAUUUUUUUAUAUUACACAUACAUGUCGUAAUGGAAAUAUUAGUUACGAACAAAAUUUCACAUUAUAACAUAUCUUGACAUAAUGUAAUAUUAAAAAAAACUAGAGUAUAUAUAAUUAAUAAUAUAUAUAAUUUUGGAGAGUCUUAUAUCUCUAAAUAGGUCCACUACAAAUCUUACUUCCGGGUCCAGGAAUCCGAGCUACGCGUCUGUACGUUCACCUGCUUUACGAUCCUAUUAGCAAACUAAGGGAUCAUUUAAAUUAAUGGGAAACGCGAUGAAAGUAUCUAGCGAUUAAGUACACAUGUUUAAUUGCGUUGACGCGCAAGAUUAGCGGAAAAAGAUUGAAAUAUCACAAUUUUCGUGCACAAAGAUACACGGUUUAAAAGAGAUAGACAAAAUAAUUUCAUUUUGUGAGAAAAUUAAUUUUUAUUUUUAAACUGGAAAUCGAAUAUCAGUUUUUCUAAAAUAACUUUGAAGUAAUUGUAGUAAUUAGUAAACUUCAGGAGGAUAAAAUAAUAUUGAAAUAAUUUGAAUAAAAAGGGAAAAGAAAAAACAAAAUCACUUACUAAAUUCAUCAUUUAUUUUUUAAAUUUUGAAUUGUUCAGAUGCGAUUUUGAGACAUACUUGCAUCAGGACCUUUUAAUCUGUGUAUCUUUUAAAUAUGAAUCGAACGAGAUGGAAGUGGAUAGCAGUGUAUCACAUGCUCAACAUUUUAGACGAAUAAUUAAUUACCAUUAUGAAUCAUACGCAUGUGUGCGUAUAUGAAAAGUCAAUAGAAAUAUCGAUGAAACGAGAAAUUCCAUUAAAGUGGAACGUUCUUCCGUAACAUCGCUGCGCUGUCAAUCUUUCACCAGCAUUAUCUUAGAAAUUGCUUAUCGUCCCACACGUUAGAAACCGCAUGCAAAAAUUUGCUUUCAUCGAAGUCAGCGGAACUGAUGCAUCAUUAAUUAGACGAGGCAUUGACUCCCUUAAAAGUCACGAUAUACGAAAUGCUUCCGAGUUACAUUUGAUACUGUGAACAGUCGUAUACGUAGUAUACUUUGUAUAAAAGCGUUUACUGUGCCAACAUUUUGUAUUUACUUGAUAUUGAAAGUCAGGUAAAUACAUGAGAAUACGAAGAAAGAAAAGAAGAAAGUAUCAUGUAGGAAAUUUGAAACGAUAUAUACUACAGAACAUUCUGUUCUUCGCAUAAUCGAAUUCGUUAAAAAAAAAUACUGCUUUAUAGAUAAAAAUACAUUGGCGUCCAACUGCUAUAUACGAAAUAAAUCAGAAUUACGAAGUAAUGCUAUAUUAUGCUUAA